CAAGUGUUUUUGUACUAUCCAAGUACUUACUUGACAGAAAUAUCGGGGAUUGAAUUUUGGAGAAUGUGAUGAUGAAACGAAACUGCAACGUCUUGGUCCGUCACGUGUGUUAUCAUAUGAUGUAUAGGUGUGAGGCAAAGUGGUUUGUUUUUGUUGUACCAUACACAUGGCACCUAUCGUGAAGUUUUGCUGAUGUGUAAUAACUUUUUUGUGCUCGUGUUUUCCUGUGCCUAUAUCGAUGGGUUAACACAUAGCAUCAGUAGUAAUAACUUGCAUCCGUACACGAACGAGGAGGAGAAGCUUUUCGUUAACAUGUCGAUGAUGCUUGUGUCUGGUUAUCGUUUUCGCAGCAAAACGUAAGCCCUGCACGACGCGGGGCCGGGGGAGCAGACUGUUUUCGGAGCAUUGCAAUUCCUAGGAGAUCGUCAAAUCAAGGAGAAUUGGGGUGCGUGGGACUGCGAACUCCUGCUGAACGUCAACAGUGGAUAUUGAGCAGGUCAAUAAUUUCAUGGACGAAAGCAAUGACUCCUCGGUCGAGCAAAAUGACCUGCAAGAGGCAUUUUCCAGCUACGCAACCGGCUCACUGUUUGACCCCGGGGACGAAAGGGACAGGGCCGAGAAGAGCGACUUGGGUGACAUGACCUUUCACAUCGGCAGCUACUUAAACGGCUGCAUGAAGAUGCUCCACAUAAUGCGCAGCCACCACAUGCUCACCGACAUCGUCCUCGAGGUCGGCUCGGAGCUAUUUCACGCGCACAAAGUUAUCCUCGCGGCCGCCAGUCCAUACUUUAAGGCCAUGUUGACAGGGGGAUUGAAAGAGUGCGAGAUGAACAGGAUAAAGCUGCAGGGAGUGUGUCCGACUGCCAUGGCCAAGUUGGUCAACUUCAUGUACACGGGGAAAAUCAGAAUCACCGAGGUGACCGUGUGUUCGCUUUUGCCUGCCGCGACGAUGUUCCAGGUAUCAAAUGUUGUAGAGGCUUGCUGCACUUUUCUAGAAAAACAGCUCGAUCCAACAAACGCCAUUGGCAUAGCGAAUUUUGCCGAGCAGCAUGGCUGCUGCGACCUCUACCACAGAGCCAAUCAGUUCAUCGUCCAGCAUUUUAGCCAAAUUUGCCAGGAAGAAGAAUUCCUGCAGCUGUCGGCGAUGCAGCUAGUUUCCCUCGUACGAAAAGACGAGCUGAACGUCCAGGAAGAGCGAGAGGUCUACAACGCCGUCCUCAAGUGGGUCAAGUACAACGAAGAGUCGCGGAGGCCCAAGAUGGAGCCGAUUCUACACGCGGUACGCUGCCAGUACCUGACGCCGAGUUUUCUCAGUGAGCAGAUGAACAACUGUGACGUCCUGAAAAAGGUGCCAGCCUGCAGGGAAUACCUUGCCAAGAUAUUCAAGGACCUGACGCUGCACAAGAGGCCCGUGGUCAAGGAGCGGACACCCAACACGCCCAGAAUCAUCUACAUAGCCGGGGGAUUUUUCAACAGCUCCAUCGACAGGAUGGAGGGUUUCAACGUCGACGACAAGACCUGGACAGAGUGCGCCAAGCUUCUGGUUCCGAGGUCUGGACUGGGCGGGGCUUUUCUCAAGGGCAUGUUUUACGCAGUAGGCGGCAGGAAUAACAGUCCCGGCAGUCGAGUCGGAUACGACAGCGACUGGGUGGAUCGGUACAAUCCCGUGACGGACCAAUGGAGGCCCUGUAGUCCACUGUCGGUACCGAGAAACCGAUGCGGCGUCGCCGUCAUGGACGGUCUGCUCUACGCGGUAGGGGGCUGCAACGGCCAGGUCUUUCACUCGAGCGUCGAGUGCUACGACCCCGAACAGGACACUUGGACUUACAUCAAGCCAAUGCACAAAAAGAGGCUGGGUGUCGUUGUCGCGGUGGUCAAUAGACUAAUGUACGCGAUGGGCGGUUACGAUGGCAUCGAAAGACUGAACAGCGUGGAGUGCUAUCAUCCGGAGAACGACGAGUGGAGCGUCGUUUCGCCGAUGCUGAAUAGCCGCUCUGGAUCAGCGGCUGUGAGUGUUGGCCAGUACAUCUACGUGAUCGGAGGCUUCAGCGGGGAAAAGCAGCUCGAGUCUGUGGAGCGCUACGACACGGAAAACGACCUCUGGGAGUACGUGAGCCCCCUGCCGACCGCCAGAAGUGCCUUAAGCGUUACCGUCGUCGAUGGAAAAAUAUAUGCCAUGGGUGGAUUCGAUGGAUCAAAGUUCUGCACAAUCGUGGAAAUUUACAACCCGGCGACUGACUUAUGGGAAGAGGGUGAACCCAUGACCCUGCCCAGAUCUGGCCACGCCAGCGCGAUCACGCAGUGCAUGCCGUGCGCCAUAAGCUGCGAUCACUGGGAUCACAAUAUUAAUUUGCAAAAGGCGCCAUCGUGACGUUAGUUGGUGACUCGACAAUGGUGGUGAAAAAUUUCGUGACAGUGCUAAAGUGCAACUGCAGUGUUGUGAUCUAGAAAAUAAUCCAAGAGCAGUGUGUUUGAGAGAAUAAAUUGGCCUUCCAGAUACUUAGUCCUUUGAAAGCUUUGAACCAAGUUCUACUACUAUUUCUUGUGUCCAUUUUUUACUGCACAAUUUUUUUUUUUUUUUUUUUUUCA